AUGGUCAGCUCCUGUUGUGGCUCUGUCUGCUCUGAGGAGGGCUGUGGCCAAGGCUGCUGCCAGCCCAGCUGCUGCCAGACCACCUGCUGCAGGCCCACCUGCUGUGUGUCCAGCUGCUGCAGACCCAGCUGCUGUCAGUCUGUUUGCUGCCAGCCCACCUGUUGCCGCCCCACCUGUUGCCGCCCCAGCUGCUGCAUUUCCAGCUGCUGCAGACCUUCCUGCUGCNNNCCUUCCUGCUGCCGCCCCAGCUGCUGUAUCUCUAGCUGCUGCAGGCCUUCCUGCUGCCGCCCUAGCUGCUGCAGGCCCCAGUGCUGCAUCUCCAGCUGCUGCCGCCCCAUUUGUUGCCAAACUACCUGCUGCAGGACCACCUGCUGCCGCCCAGCAUGCUCUAGCUGUUCUUGCUGCUGA